AUGCCAGAGCUCUAUGACCUAGUCGAACGCUACCGACCUAGUGUCAUUUGGUCCGACGGAUGUCCAAGCACAAGUGACUACUGGAAGGCCAAAGAAUUCAUGGCCUGGCUCUACAACGACUCACCCGUGAAGGACUUUGUGGUCGUCAACGACCGCUGGGGAUCGGAUGUGGAAUGCGCGCACGGAGAUUUUCUCACCUGCCAAGACAGACCGAUUUUACCCUUUGUGAAACCGCAGGAACUUAUGGAGACUCUGGUGGAAGUCAUCGCCUUCGGCGGCAACUUUCUCAUUAAUGUUGGCCCUACAGCCUGGGGCACAAUUGAUCCAAUAUUCGAAGAACGCCUACUAACUAUGGGUGAUUGGUUGGCGGUGAAUGGAAUGGCCAUCUAUGACAGCGUACCCUGGGUGGUGCAGAAGGAUCCGAAACGACCCAAGCUUUGGUAG